CACUUCCUAACGUUGCACUUAAAAAUCAACUUUUGUCUGCGUCCCGGACGCGUCUGCGAAGAUGCCAGGGUUGAUCAUUUUUCAAGGGAUUGAAAAUUUCACUCAUUAAACAACCUUUGCAGGAUUUUUUUCUCCUCCCCUUUCCUUUUCUUUUUGUCAAACUGGAUCAUCAUGUUGCGGGUUUUGGUUGAAUCAGCUACAGGUCUCCCCAAAAAGAAGGUUGGAACUCCUGAUCCUUUCGCGACAGUAGUGUUUAAAGAUGAAAAGAAAAAAACAAACACUAUUGAUAAUGAGGUGAAUCCAGUAUGGAAUGAGGUCCUUGAGUUUAACCUGAAUGGAUCCGCACUAGAACCCAACUCCAAUCUUGAUGUGAUUGUGAAAGACUCUGAGACCUUUGGAAAAGAUAAAUUCAUCGGGUCAACGAGAAUUCCUUUGAGAGAACUUGCCUCCGGUCAACUUCGAUCCCUUCCGGUCAGAAAUGUGCAUUUGCUUGAUGAGAAUGGCCACAAUAUUGGUGCGACGAUGAACCUCGUCGUCGGGUAUGACCCGCCACCCAAUGCCAACCCAAAUCCAGACGAAUCCCACGAUGGCGAUUCCACCGUGGAUUCCGGUGGUGGAGAGCAAGGCGAGGAGACGGCACCUGACGGGACCCCGAGCGGUUCCGCCACCAGCCCAUCUGCUCCCGGGCUGUCGACGAGCCUCCGAAGGCGAAUUGCGAAGUCACAGAACAGACACCGGCUCAUCAACAAACCUCAGGACUUCCAGAUCCGCAUCCGUAUCAUCGAAGCCCGUCAGUUGCCAGGCAACAACAUCAAGCCGGUGGUUAAGGUUCAGGUGUGCGGACAGACACACAGGACAAGGAUCAAGCGAGGGAACAACCCCUUCUUUGACGAGAUGUUUUUCUAUAACGUCCACAUGCUUCCAUCAGACCUGUUUGAACAGAACAUCAGUUUUCGGGUUUAUAAUUCCUACUCUCUGCGGGCCGACAGUCUCAUGGGAGAAUUUAAGCUUGACGUUGGCUAUGUUUACGAUGAAGCAGGCCACUGCGUCAUGAGGAAGUGGCUACUUCUGAAUGAUCCAGAUGAUUCCAACUCUGGAGCUAAAGGAUACUUGAAAGUCAGCCUUUUUGUGGUCGGGAUUGGCGACGAGCAACCGUCGGAGAAGAGAGAAGCAAAUGACGACCAAGACGACAUCGAAAGCAACCUGCUGCUACCGGCUGGCGUCACUCUCCGAUGGGCCACCUUGUCACUCAAAGUGUUUCGGGCGGAGGACAUCCCUCAAAUGGACGAUGCCUUCAUCCAGUCACUGAAGGGGAUUUUUGGAGGAAAUGAAAAUAAGAAGAACCUGGUGGAUCCCUUCAUUGAGGCUCGUUUUGCGGGCAAAAAGCUCUGUACUCAAAUUAUAGAAAGAAAUGCAAACCCAGAGUGGAACCAAGUGUUGAAUCUUCAAGUCAAGUUCCCCUCAAUGUGCGAGCGCGUGAAACUGACAGUGUUUGAUUGGGAUCGCGUGACUGGGAAUGAUGCUGUCGGCACCACAUACCUCAACCUGGCCAAAAUAGCCUCCUCCGGGGGCGAAAUAGAAGAGGAACGUGCGGGAAAUGUGGAUUUGUCGUCAUAUGAAGCGGCAACAGGAGAAUCUGAGGUUGGUUUUCUGCCCGUCUUUGGUCCCUGCUACAUCAACCUCUACGGCAGCCCCAGAGAAUUCACCGGACUACCAGAUCCUUAUGAAGAUCUGAAUUUGGGAAAGGGUGAAGGAGUGGCCUACAGAGGCCGAGUCCUGGUGGGAAUGUCCACUAAAUUAGAAGGCAAAGUUGACAAAGCAAUACACAGCAUCCCCAAUGAUGACAUCUUGGUAGUACAGAAAUACCAGAGGAGAAGGAAGUACUGUCUCUGUGCAGUCUUCCACAGUGCUUCCAUGAUCCAGGAACCAGGCGAGCCAAUUCAGUUUGAAGUCAGCAUCGGUAACUAUGGCAACAAAUUGGACAAUACCUGCAAACCUCUGGCCUCCACCACUCAGUAUAGCUGCGCAGUGUUUGAUGGUAACCAGUACUAUUACCUACCAUGGGCGGGCACUAAACCGGUCGUUGUGGUCACCUCAUUCUGGGAGGACAUCAGCCACCGCAUGGACACCAUCAAUACCAUCCUCUACAUCUAUCGCCGCUUGCAAUCUAACCUGGAAGUCUUCAGAACGGCCGUUUCUGCUAAAACACCCGAAAAUCAAUUAUCUGGUGUGUGGGUGAAGUUGCUGAGUCAGCUGAUUGAAGACCUAGAAACUUUCCCAACACCGGUUCUGGAGGGUCGCUCAAAUCUGACCACCCUGGACAUCCAACUCAAGAAGCUGCGAGAUAGCGGCUUGAAAAGCAUCAAUCAAGCAGCCAGACGCAUGAGAGAAGAAGCUCAGGACAUUCCCGAAACUCUACCAGACAUCGAAUCGUGGGCGGAGAAACUCGCAGCGCUUGCCGAAGAGCCCCAAAACAGCAUGCCUGACGUGAUCAUCUGGAUGCUCCGCGGGGAGAGGAGGGUGGCCUACAGCCGCAUCCCAGCUCAUAAAAUCCUCUUCUCCACAUACAGUGAGCAAGCUUGCGGGCAACACUGUGGCAAAACCCAGACUAUCAUUUUAAAGUACCCCAUGGACAAGAGCAAAGGCUUGAAGGUGCCCGUUCAGAUCCGAGUCAACAUGUGGCUGGGUUUGUCUGCGCACGAGAAGAAGUUCAACUCUUUCUCCGAGGGGACUUUCAGUGUGUUUGCAGAGCUGUACGAGAAUCAAGCCAGUAUGUUUGGAAAGUGGGGAACCACAGGACUGGUGGGGCGCCAUAAAUUUUCUGACGUAACAGGCAACCUCAAGCUGAAGAAGGAGUACUUCAUGCCCCCCAGGGGAUGGGAGUGGGAGUCGGACUGGUUCAUUGACCCGGAGAAAGCUCUCUUAACAGAGGCAGACGCAGGACACACUGAAUUCAUGGAUGAGGUUUUCCAAAAUGAAACCCGCUUCCCCGGCAGAGAGUGGAAGGCGGCGUCUGAGCCUUUCACCGACGUGAAUGGCGAGAAGAGCCGUAAUCCGGGCGAGUUUGAAUGUCCUCCUGGUUGGGCGUGGGAGGACGAGUGGACAGUUGAUGACAACAGAGCUGUGGAUGAUCAAGGAUGGGAAUACGGCCUGACUAUUCCGCCAGAGGACAAGCCCCGAUCUUGGGUGCCGGCAGAGAAGGUGUACCACGUCCAUCGUAGGCGACGGGUGGUUCGGCCUCGCAGAAGAGCCGCACUUCCCCCGGGCGCGUCCGCCGAGGUCAGCAUUUUGUCACACCGAUUUUUGGAAAAAUGGUUGCUCGACAUGCUACUGUCCCCACAGAGGCGAGACCACGGCGAUCCAGAGGGUUGGGAAUUCUCUUCCCUGAUUGGCUGGAAGUUCCACAGGAAGGAACGAUCGUCGGAUACGUUUCGCCGGAGGCGCUGGAGGAGAAAGAUGGCGCCGGAAGACCGCUUGGGGGCGUCUGCCAUUUUCAAACUAGAGGGUGCACUGGGCGUUGAUACGGACGAGAAAGAGAAAAGCUCCGAAGGCGACGUCACCAAGAUGUUUGGUGCUAACACACCCACCGUGUCCUGCUCCUUAGAAAGGUCAUCCGUGUAUCACCUGCGUGUUUAUGUCUAUCAAGCAAGAAAUAUGACAUCUAUGGACAAAGACAGUUUUUCUGAUCCAUACGCCCACGUGUCCUUCCUGCAUCUAAGUAAGACGACAGAGAAACUGCGUGCGACUUUAAACCCAACCUGGGACCAAACUCUCAUUUUCAACCAUGUGGAAAUUCACGGCGACCCAAAGGCUCUUGCGCAACACCCCCCGGAUGUUGUCAUAGAGUUCUACGACCAUGACCAAGUGGGUAAGGAUGAGCUGCUGGGUCGAUGUAUUUGCGCUCCAUUGGUCAAGUUGAAUCCCAGUAUGGAUCAGGUGCCCAAACUGCUAUGGCACCCCAUCGUGCAGGGGGGGCGUGAGGAAGGGGAGGCACUGGUGGCGGCUGAACUUAUCCUCAAAGAUAAGUCAGGAGACUCAGAUCUUCCUCUUGUCCCCCCAAAGAGGGCGGAAAACCUCUACAUGGUUCCGCAGGGCAUCCGGCCUGUUGUGCAGCUCACUGCUGUGGAGAUUCUCGCAUGGGGUCUGAGGAACAUGAAGUCCUAUCAACUGGCCACAGUUUCCUCUCCCAGCCUGGUGGUGGAGUGCGGCGGGCAAAGAGUAGAAUCCGCAGUCAUUAGGAACAUGAAGAAGAGCCCCAACUUUCCAAGCUCGGUCCUCUUCAUCAAAGUGCUUCUACCUAAGGAUGAGAUGUACACACCUCCGAUUGUGCUGAAGGUGAUUGACCACCGUCCAUUCGGCAGGAAACCUGUGGUGGGCCAGUGCACCAUCACCUCGCUGGAGCAGUUUCGUUGCGACCCAUAUGUCAUCACGGCCGAGGGAGCCAUGGCGUCCAAAAUGGCUCUCAUGGCAGCGACUCCUUCCAAACAAAUCUCCAUCAAUAUGGAAGAAACUAGACUCCUAUUAGAAACCCAGUUCAUGUGCAGCAUGUCAGAUGCUGUCAGCAAAAUGACUCCCCUUCCCUCCCGUUUUCACGUGGAAAAGGAAAAGCAGACGGUAGAUUGGUGGAGUAAAUUCUACGCUUCAGUGGGAGAGAAUGAGAAAUGUGGUCCUUAUCUCAAAAAAGGAUAUGACACCCUCACAGUGUACGACAAAGAACUAGAAGAUAUUUCCCAAUUCAAAGGGCUGACAGACUUCUGCAGGACUUUCAAACUGCAGCGAGGCAAAAACGAGGACGGCGAUGAUGAUCCGAGCGUGGUCGGGGAGUUCAAGGGCUCGUUUAAAGUAUACCCCCUGUCAGACGACCCCGGUAUCACCCCUCCUCCCCGGCAGUUCCGAGAACUUCCAGAUAGCGGCCCUCAGGAGUGUCUGGUUAGGAUUUAUGUGGUCCGGGCUAUCAAUCUGCAGCCUAAAGACAAUAACGGCAGAUGUGACCCCUACAUGAAGAUCUCCCUGGGAAAGAACACACUAGAUGACCGAGACCAUUACCUCCCCAACACAACAAAUCCUGUGUUUGGAAGGAUGUUUGAGAUGAGUUGCUUCCUACCCCAAGAUAAGGAUUUGAAAAUCUCCGUCUACGACUACGACCUCCUGAGUCGUGACGAGAAAGUCGGGGAGACCGUGAUCGACCUGGAGAACCGUUUCCUGUCCCGUUACAACUCCUACUGCGGCCUGCCGCAAACCUACUGCACUUCUGGAAUCAACCAGUGGCGGGACCAGCUGAAGCCUUCUGAGAUCUUGGACAACCUCGCUCGUCUGAAAGGCUUUUCCAAACCGAGGAGUGAGGACAACGGGACUUCGUUCAGCUUCAACGGGAAAGAAUACACACUGGCUCACUUUGAGGGCAAAAAGGAGAUUCAUGAACACUUGGGUCCACCUUGUGAGCGUCUGUGUCUGCACAUCCUACGAACGCAGGGACUUGUACCUGAGCAUGUGGAGGCCAGGACUCUUUACAGCAGCUUCCAGCCUAAUCUGUCUCAGGGAAGGCUUCAAAUGUGGGUCGACAUUUUCCCCAAGAGCAUGGGUCCACCCGGGCCGCCCUUUGACAUCACCCCACGCAAAGCCAAGAAGCAUUUCCUGCGCGUGGUCAUUUGGAACACGACAGAUGUGACGCUGGAUGAGACGAGCGUCACCGGAGAGCACAUGAGCGACAUUUACGUCAAGGGAUGGAUGGCAGGGAUGGAGGAGGACAAGCAGAGGACGGACGUCCAUUACAGGUCUCUCGACGGGGACGGCAACUUCAACUGGAGGUUUGUUUUUGAAUUCGACUACCUUCCCGCGGAACAACUCUGCCUCGUCUCCAAAAAGGAGCAUUUUUGGAGUUUGGAUAAAACCGAGUUCAGGAUUCCGCCCAAGCUGAGUAUUCAGAUAUGGGACAAUGACAAAUUCUCGCUGGAUGAUUAUCUCGGAACACUGGAGCUCUAUUUGCACAAUUUAAUUCCCCCUGCAAAGACGCCAGAAAAGUGUUCACUAUCCAUGAUGGAUGAGGUGGACGUAGACGUGCCGCACAAGCCUGAAGCUGCCAAGUGUCUGUUUACACAGAAGUCCGUGAGAGGCUGGUGGCCGUGUUCGAUUGAGCAAAAUGGGCUCAAGGCCCUGGGGGGCAAAGUCGAGAUGACUUUGGAAAUUGUGAGUGAGGCUGAUGUGGAUGAAAAACCGGCAGGAAAAGGCAGAGAUGAACCCAACAUGAACCCUAAGCUGGACUUUCCCAAGCGCCCCGAAACUUCCUUCUUCUGGUUCACCAACCCAUGCAAGACCAUGAAGUUUAUUGUGUGGCGACGCUUCCGGUGUCUCUUCAUCGGACUCAUCAUUCUCACCAUCCUGCUCCUCUUCCUCGCCAUCCUGCUCUACUCUCUACCGAACUACAUCUCGAUGAAGAUAGUAAAGCCACUACAAUAAAGCGGAUGAGGUGCACUCGACCUGUAAAGGAUGACGAGAACGUCAAAAGGAUCAAAAUGCAGUGACGUUUUUUUUUUCUUUUUCUUUUUAUAAAAGGUGUGAAUGGGAAGGGACACUUGCUUGUUUUGCACUCUUUCAAUAUUCUGCUACACACAUAAAGGUGAUUGACUUUUCCCCACAUUAACAGUGGCUUCACUCAAUUGGUUCAAUUUAAAAGAAAAAAAAAAAUCACAGUUCAAAUGUUUUAAAUUAGAAAUAUUUAAAAGAAUUACAUUGAACAUC